AUAAACAGUAUUCUCACUUCUCUGAAGAGAGUUAACUUGUGCUGGAAUUGGGGGCACAAUACACUCACACUCCCACACCAUGAAGGGUCUCUGCCUCCUCGGAGUCCUGCUCCUGGCCGAAGGGGUUCUGCAUGCUGCUGCCAAACAGUUUCGAGAUGUGAUGAGCCAUGGAAGAUCUUCUUCUCAUGUCAGGUCCCAUAAGAAGCUACAUGGCUGGUCUCCUGAUCAAAAUCAGUGGAAUGAAAAGCUUUAUCCUUUCUGGGAAAAAGGAGAUCCUAGAUGGAAUGACUGCUGGAGAGGAGGAAAGGUGGUGGCCAGAUUGACCUCUGACAGCCCAGCUCUAGUAGGAUCAAACGUGACCUUUGCUGUGAACCUACAGUUUCCCAGGUGCCAGAAAGAAGAUAAUGACAGCAAUAUAGUAUAUGACAGGAUCUGCAGGAAUGAUUCCUCAGACUUUUCUGAUGAGUAUGUCUACAACUGGACUGAGUGGGUUGAUGACUGUGGCUGGGAAAUCUGCACAAGCAACAAUACCCAUAAUGUGUUCCCAGAUGGGAGACCUUUCCCUCAUCAUCCUGGCUGGAGAAGGAGGAACUUUGUCUAUUUGUUUCAUACAGCUGGCCAGUACUACCAAAAAACUGGAGGCUCUUCAGCAAUUGUUUCCAUCAACACAACAAAUAUCACCCUUGGCAAACAGAUGAUGGUGGUCUCCGUUUACAGAAGAGGUCAUCGAACAUAUGUUCCAGUUGCAACAGCAAGUGGCAUCUAUGUUGUGACAGACCAGAUUCCUUUAUAUGUGAACCUGUCCCAGAAGAAUGAUCGCAAUGCCUCAGACUCUGUCUUCAUCAAGGAUUCUCCUAUCACAUUUGAUGUCAAGAUCCAUGAUCCCAGCCACUACCUUAACAAUUCUGCUAUCUCCUAUGAGUGGGAUUAUGGAGAUGGCAGUGGCUCAUUUAUAUCCAACAGCCCUAUUUCAACUCACACUUAUACACUGCAGGGAAACUUCAGCCUGAAUUUGACCGUCCAAGCUACUAUACCUGUACCUUGUGAGCCUGCAACACCUACCCCACCACUUCCUACCUCGCCAGGGGCAACAACUCAAAACUCAACCAGUACUGCAAACAAAACUGAGCUGACCACUCCUGCAAUAACUACUAAACCACCCUCUAACCUGGACUCUCCCACCAGCACUGGUGUAAUGGAAGACACUCCUGAUGGAGGCUGCCAUAUUUACAGAUAUGGACAUUAUAAAACUACUAUCUCCAUUGUAGAGGGAAUCCUUCAGGUAAACGUUAUUCAGAUGACAAGUGUCCAGAUGACAGUGGCUCAAGGUGAAAACUCCCUGGUUGACUUUGUUGUUACCUGCCAAGGGAGUCUUCCUACAGAUGCCUGUACAAUAGUCUCUGACCCCACAUGCCAGGUGUCACAGAAUGUGGUAUGUGACCCUGUUGAAGUUACUGAUCAAUGCUUACUGACCAUCAGAAGAGCCUUCAAUGAGCCCGGAACCUACUGUGUAAACAUUACAUUGGGUGAUGAUACAAGCCAAGCCCUCGCAAGUGCCCUUAUAUCUGUAAAUGGAGCUCCAGGGUCAUCUUCGAGGACAGUGGAAGGUGUCUUGAUCACCUCAGGUUUCUUGGUGGCGUUUCUCAUCUUUGUGACUCUCCUUCUUCACAAGAGAUACAAAGAGUACAAACCUAUUGAAAGAAGUGCAGAACAAGUGGAGAACAGGGAGGGACUGAAUGUUUACUUCAACAAUGUCAAGGCUGUUCUCUUCCCUGGGAACAAUGAGAGAGAUCCUCUGCUGAAAACCAAACCAGGAAUUGUUUAAAUCUUUAGUGUAACCUCUGAUAUUAGAGUCUAUAUGUGGGGUUUAUGGCUGAACUGUACUUCAAUGGAUGACUACUUAGUAUGAAAACAAAGGAUUAGGGUAAACCUCCAGAUAUGCGCAGAUGGGUCAGUACAUUUUGUUUCAAUUUAUUUAGAAAUGGAAAAUGGCUUCUUUUCAAAAAUGGAGUUCUGAUUACUCACUGAUUACUCACUGUUCUUGCUUAUGAUCUGGAUCACACAAUAUUGAAUAAUAAACCACUCUAGACUGGGCAUGAUUAUGCAAUUCACCUAGGUUAAUUUGUAGCUUGAGAGAAGAGGCUAGAUAUUUUUUACCUCCUCAGUAUUUAGAUCUUUAGUAAGAAUUGCACAGUCCCAGUGUCCUAGUUUACCCCCCCUCUGUAUGCAUCCCUCAGUCUGGGCUUUGUGAGGUUGAAAGACAUGGAGAAUAGCCAUAAUGGCCAACCCUCAGUCGUUUUAUAAAUCUAGAUCACUGACAUCAGGACAACAGGUGAACAAAGAAACCCAAUCUACUUGGCUCCUCCUAAACCAACUACUAAACAGUCCAUUUAAAAUUCUUACUGUAGUUGUUGCUGCUACCUCUGGUAGCUGUUGUUUCUACUGGUUUUGUGCCAUCUGAACUGACUGCCAUCGACAACAAUGUGUCCUAUCUGCGUCAGAAGGACCUGCUGUAUUCCAGAGGGGAGACAAAGAUGAGGCCCAGCAGAGUGGUGGUAACAGGAGAAAGAUUCUAUAUCAUUCAACUAUUAGUAAAGAGAACUAAGAGGGGCUUUUUUUCCUCCUUCUCUUCAAUUUCAUCUUGCUCUCUGUAAACAGCCACUAAUUUCUGCUUGAUCCUCCUGUCCCUCUUUCUUCAACUAUUCCCUCCAAAUAAAUGAAAACCCCAAGCUGGGUAGGGCAAUAUUCUACAGUUUCUGCUUGUCCACUAAGCAGCUGAGAAACUGUCAAUAUCUAGAAGGGUGAUGUGCCUUUUCUUGCUUAAUGCAGCUGCUGUGCUGUGUUAACUUUCAACUACAAAUAUCACUUUGAUAUCUUUCUCAAGUGAGCUAGCAAAACCCUGUCUUUCAGCCACUCACUCUUGUAAUUCCAUAUCAUGGAGUUUAGCCCUGGAUGCAAUUUUCUGCUUAUCUCUUAGAAAUAAAAGCACCCUUCUGAAGACUGGAUCACAGGGGGAUAUCAAAAGAGGAGAGUGUCUUGUCUGUGAGAAGAGUGUUGUUGAGAAGGUUCAAUCCUUGUGGGGGGGAAGACAGCCAGAAAUACUCUAAAUGCGAGCCUCUGUAUAAUAACCUGAUAUCUAACAUAACAAUUUAAAGCAGAACAAAACUAACUUUUAGUUUGGGAGUGGGUGGCUAAUUUCACUUACCCAUUUCUAAACACCAAUCGUUGAAGACCUAAUCAUUGCCAUCCCAACUGUGAACAAUUUUGGAUUCUCCUUUAUUCCUUCUAAUCUGGAACAUCCCUAAUACAUCUUUCCUCUCUCAGGCUCUGAAGGGCAAUAUAAACAUAACCAUAUUUUGCUGUUUUCCUGGUAGCUGUUGCCUGAUGCCCUAAAAUAAACCCUACACUCCACCAUACAUACUUGUUAAUAGUUUGAGAAUAUCAAUAAUUGUACAAACACUUAUGGGAUUAGCGCUUUCCUUAGAAACCUUUCAGGAUGCAAAAAGAAAAGGAGUACUUGUGGCACCUUAGAAACUAGCAAAUUUAUUUGAAAGCUUACGCUCAAAUAAAUUUAUUAGUCUCUAAGGUGCCACAAGUACUCCUUUUCUUUUUGCGCAUACAGACUAACACGACUGCUACUCUGAAACCUUUCAGGAUGCAGUAUUUUUUAGUUUUGCUCUGGCCAUUGCACAAAUAUUAGUUUAAAAAAAACCUGUGUUGGUCACUCUCUUGCCCUCCUUAUACAUUAAAUUACUUAUUUUAUGGGCUUGAUGCAAAAAUUACUGGGUGAGGUUCUAUGGCCUCUGUUAUGCAGAAGUCAGACUAAAUGAUCAUAAUGGUCCCUUCUGAUGAUAAAACGGACAAAUCGAUGAAUCUUGCAAACAAAGAUGAAUUUAAACACACACACACACAAAUCUUGGAUAAGUCCGCUCUAAUGUUUGCUUUUUGACAUAUGCACUACAGUCUAGCUUCCCAUCAUAGGUAUUUGAGCCGUCAAUCAACUUGAUAGCUAAGUGCUAAUUUAAUUACAACUAAUCAUCAAUGGAAGAACAGUUCCAUCUCUUAAUCCAAACUAGAAGCUUUUUCAAAAUCUGGGAGUAGUUUAGUUAAACCAGUUGCGGCAAGUUGGAACAACUGGAUCAGUAUGACUCUGUUUGAUAGCUAUGCUUAUCGGGUUAGAUCCCAACACCUGAUUAAAGCUGAUUGGGUCAUUGGGAUUGCCUUGGUGUAGGGGAAUCCCUAUCUGGUGUAGAGCUGAUGGACCCCACCAGACCUGGCACAAGGAUUAUGUCGGGGCACAGUCAGAACUCUACCAUACUCAGUGAUCCUUGGCUGAGGAAGUGCCCCAUUGGGUAUCACUGCAGCCAGGCAUAAGAUAAAGCAGCCUUUAGGCAGCUCUAAGUUACUCCAGAGUUCAAGGAAGCUAAAGGUGACCUUUGCCCAUUCCUAGCCCCUCAGCUGAACUGAGUGGAGCUCUGAUGCAGCUAAGAAUCUGGCCCGUGAGUUUUAAGGACCCAGUCCUUCAAACAUUUACUAAUGGGAGUCGAAAGUAUUGACAGGCCAGGACCCUUAGUUUGCAUUUUUCUAGUACAAAAGCGAGGAAUAUCGUUUGGUAGUGCAGAUGGGAACUAAAACUACUAGCGGCACAGAACAGGGAGUACUGGUGCAGUUGCAUGUUGAUGGCACUCCUUUCAGAAAGUCAGCAAAUGCAACUUUUAGCCUUACAAAGAGAGUUAGUGAAAUACAUUGUGUAUAUACACGAGCCUGCUUUUCAGGUUGAAAGAGCAUAAUAAAGAUAUGGUUUUAAAUAAAAGUAAAUACGGAUUUAGUGACAGGAAAGAGGACACUUCUAAUUUUUAUGCAUUUCCCUAACUUGAAACAGGAGAAAGUUUUUAAUAAAAACUUAGUAGCAGUUCACUUCUGUUGCAAUUGUAUCACUUUUGAAUCAAAGCUGAUGUGGGCUGUUGGUGUCCUAGGUUCUAAGCAGACAGCGUGUUACUUCCCAGAGAACACUAUGUGCUAUACAGGAAUUCAGAGGCAUCAUCAGCUCUUAUACAAAGGGCCGCUUCCAGCCAUGCUUAGAAAAGAAAUACAUUUGAUACUUUAACCUGUGUAUAUGGAAAAGCUCAGAGAAUCUUCCUUUACAUCUCAUGUUAGGGGAUUAACGUUUACUCCUUUUUAUUUUCUAUCUUCUUUGCUGUAACUUCCAGUAAAUACAUAUUUGUUUUUAUCUAAUGGGAUCUGAUGCUGUAUUGGACAAUAAACUAUCUGGAGAUUUCAAA